CAACACGUCCCCUUGGUAUCGUUACGCGUAACCUAUUUCUAUGUCAACCACGCAGUAUCAGAAAAUUAUAUUGGCGAUAUGCACAAGAGACGCUGGAAGGCGUCGUGAUGUUAUUUAUGUCGCUUUCGAGGAGGGGACAUGAACACGAGAGACGGUUCUGUCCGGACCCGUUUUCGCUGGCGGAUGGAUACCCACGAGGCGCUCGCCGUCAUUUCCUUAUUUGGUGUAGAUGGGGCUCCGUUCUCAUCGAUGCCCGCUGGAAAAAAAUAAAUAAAACUUUUCAACUUUAUCAGAAAAAACAUCAAGAAUAUUCCAUUUAAUGGCCUCCUCUGUACAGCUUUUAUUCUUAGGCUUUACUUUGUAUCUCAUCUGCCCGUGUUGAACUGCGUCAGACCGAGCGGCGGACGGGCUUGAAGCUAAUGCUAGCCGCCUAGCCAGCGGCACGGUCAGUCGAGUGUGUCCGGGUUCUGGAGGCUCUGGCGCGGCUGCCCGGGGGAGCUGCCUUCGGUGUUUAGCCGGGGAGCCUCGUCACAGCCGAGCCUGCAGGCCCGGCUGGGGGAAUGCUAGGGGGCACCGGCGCGGGGAUGGGCACACGAGCCGGAGGCGGGCGGCCGGGCAACGGUACCGGACUGAGCAGCCUUCAGGUGAGCACCGCCAGACCGACCGCGACCGUGACGGCCGACACGGACAGCGGCGGGCGGUUCGAGGAGCGGGAGUACCCCGCCGACGUGGUCUACAGCGGCUCCGACCAGGAGUCCGACUCGGGCGAGGAGGACGACACGGCGGUGGGUCCGGCCGGAGACCGAAGAGGGGUGAAGAGAGAGCGCUCUGAGAGGGAGGUCGGCCAGUCUGCGCCCGCGUCGGGAGGCGUGCCAGCAGGGUAUGGAGGUGUCGUAGCCGGGGUCGCGGGGGCAAAGCCGGGGAAAAAAACCCGCGGACGGGUCAAGAUCAAAAUGGAAUUCAUCGACAACAAACUGCGACGGUACACAACGUUCAGUAAACGAAAGACUGGCAUUAUGAAGAAAGCCUAUGAGUUGUCCACGCUGACAGGGACCCAGGUUCUCCUGCUGGUGGCCAGUGAGACAGGUCACGUCUACACCUUCGCCACCAGGAAGCUCCAGCCGAUGAUCACCAGUGAAACGGGGAAGGCACUGAUCCAGACCUGCCUGAACUCCCCUGACUCCCCCCCACGCUCAGACCCCUCCUCAGACCAGCGCAUGAGCGCCACUGGCUUCGAAGAGACGGACCUCACCUACCAGGUCUCUGAGGCAGAUGGCUGUACGGAGGUAUCCAAGGAAAUGGUUAAACCAACUUUCACCAUGGCCAACCUGCCUAGUGGCAUCACCACACAGGCCACACCCAUCUCUGCCUCCCCCUCCUCCUCCACCUCCUGCUCCUCUACCUCCUCCUCCUCCUGGCAGAGCUCCAUGGCUGCUCCCACCACCGCCAACGGCACCGUGCUCAAGACAUCGGCUGGGGUUAUGCUGCCUGGAGGCUUCACGCUCAUGUCUGGCACCCCCCUCCCCCCAGGCACCCACACUAUCCCUCUCAGCCAGCUCCAGGGCCAGCCCGUGGCCAUCCAGGGCUCCGUGGGCUCAAACCCCGCUAGUGCACAUGCUCCACCCCCACAGCCUGCUACGCUGCUCCACCUACCUGCCACGCUCUCUCUCUCAGGUGGGGGGGUAGCCCAGCAGCUGCAGGCCAUCCAGGUCCAGCCCAGCAAUCAGCAGACGUCCUCCAGCCAAAGCAGCUCUGAGCUCCACCCCACAUCUUCUACAGCGAGUCUUCCCUCCACCAUCGUCACCUCAUCUGUCCCCUCCUCUGUUGCCAGUCACAUGAUGUACCCCAGUGGUCACACGGUCAUGUAUGCCACAUCCACCCCCUCGCUUGCUGAUAGCGGCCUGACGGUGCUCAACACCUUCCCUCAGGCCGGCCACACCCAAUCCCAUGACCCGGGCGCUGUAUCGCAGGUGUUCCUGACCUCUCUGCCGCCAGUCGCCACUCAGAUUCCUGUGUCUGCAGUCCAGCUGCACCCGAUGGUGAUUGGCCAGCAGACAAGUGGGAGUGGCAGCAGCAGCAACCUGACGGAGCUCCAAGUGGUUAACCUGGAUGCCCAUCACUCCAAGGAUGACUGAGCACUGCACGCACAUGCACACACAUAUGUACACACACACACACACACUGUACCCUCUGGUGAUGUAUAGACUGCAGCAGUACACUGUUUAUUCAACACAUCUCAUUGCGUGUCUGUUUGGGUGUGUGUGUGUAUGUGUAUGCGUGCAUGUGUGUGUGUGUGUGUGUGUGUGCAUGUGUGUGCAAUUGGUAGACGAGUGUGGUAUUUUUCAAAUGAAUGUACUAUCUUUUUUAGCACACUGCCUGUACAGUGUAUUCUCUCUUCUCUUAAUGGUGGUAUGUUGGUGAUUAAAUUAUGGCUGUUUAAGUAUGAAGGGUCAGAAGCUCCUGGUUACAUUUGGUUGAACUUUUCUACAAACAUUGUGCCAAAUGAUGAAGAACCACGUGCCCUCUGCCACGCCGGCACUGUUUCUGCAGGAAGCUCUCUGUAAGACUGCUGGGAAUGUCCUCUGGUGUCUUAGCACUCUUCAUUUGCAGAGGGAAGAGGUGGGACUGCAGGCUGAGGUGUGCAGCGCUUCUGGACAGUAUUACAGUCUCCAGGCUAAUGACAAUAUUAGUCUACAGUCUCCAGGCUGCUGGACAGUAUUACAGUCUUCAGGCUGCUGGACAGUAUUACAGUCUACAGU